UGUUCCUGUAUUCUCUGGCAGAGCUUCAGGUGUGUUUCAGUCUCACCUGUCUCUCUGCGUCGUCGUCUGGCUGCAGAGAUGUCUGAGGACGUGGUCGGCCUCGCCGCUGUGACCGUGCUGGGCGUCCUGGAACAAGCCUAUUUCUCUCUGCAGGUGAUCUAUGCCAGGAGGAAGUAUUCGGUGUCUCCUCCUGCCACCACCGGGCCGCCGGAGUUUGAGAGGAUCUUCAGAGCUCAAGCCAACUGUUCUGAGUAUUUCCCGAUCUUCAUCACCGUCCUGUGGACGUCCGGACUCUUCUUCAGUCAAGGUGCGUCUUCAGUCUGUGGUCUGCUGUAUCUGUACGCACGCUUCCGGUACUUCCGUGGAUAUUCACAGUCGGCACAGGGACGUCUGGCUCCGCUGUAUUUCAGCGCCCAGGUUCUGUGGGUCCUGAUCGGGUUCUCGUGUGUCGGCGUGCUGCUGACGUUCUGCAGAGUUUACCUGGCGAUCGAGCUGCUGGGCCAACUCACCGCCGCGCUCCGACUCACCUGAAGGAAACGUGCCGCUGACGCACGCCGGAGGAGAGAAAAUGAGACUUUUACAUUUCAUUUCUGAUGAUAAAUAAAAAUGAUAAAUUAAAAUUCCUGUUUUUAUUUUAUUUUCCUCCUCAAAACUUGUUUUAAUUGUCUGUUUUUCU